AUGGAUAAAUUUCAAAAGCAAAACUUAUGGGAGGAGACUAAGGAACCUACCGAGUACAUGGUGUUUAAGAGUAAAAUGUUAACUGAGAAUGGAUUAGAUGAGAUGGAACAGCUGAAGCUUCAUUAUAACGAUAUGAAUCAAAAGUGCAAGACGGGUUGUCCUACAAUAGACUCGCUCCUUAUGGGAGGGAUCCCCACCGGAGUGGUGAUAGAAAUAUAUGGCGAGAGUGGGAGUGGGAAAACACAAUUGUGUCUCCAGCUUUGUCUUGUAUGCCAAAAAAUGCCUAGAUACGGGGGUUUAUUUGGCUCAGUUGUGUACAUACAAGCGGUCAAUCCCUUUCUUGUGAAAAGGUUAACACAAAUAGCAGAAUUAGUGCAAGGGUCACUUGGUCAGGUCGAUAAUCCUAUGGAAAACAUAUUCGUGAAACAGAUAACCGAUGUUGAUGAGUUGUACUUAGCUCUACCACAGUUAGAGGAAUAA